AUGUCGAAGAAUUUUGGGAGAGAGAAUCACGAAUAUGUGGUUUGCGCCCUACACUGCUGCUCCACUGUUAUUCUGAAAACUGUUCCUGUAAGACGUGGUCACAAGCUGAGAAUUACAUGGCCAAUGACACCUGGCAUUCAUCAUUACAUGGAAGGGCCAAUGGUUAUUGAAUUAACUGAUGCUGGACAUGCAAAUGCUGAACAUAUAAUUGGGCUCCUUUUCAAAUACAUUACACUCUUGCAACAAUCUGGUGUUUGCAAGUGGAUCUUUGAUGAGUUAUACCCUUCAAAAGAUUGGCUAGUUGGAUCAUUUUUACUUUCCACUUUUUCCCCUGAAGUUAUUCAGUCUGCACUAAAUGAGCUCACACCAAACAAUGUCAGAAUCUUUUGGGAGUCAACAAACUUUGAUGGACAUACUGAGAUGACAGAACCAUGGUAUGGAACUGCAUUUUCUGUUGAAAAAACCACUGGCUCCACCAUUCAGGAAUGGAUGAAAAGAGCUCCUGAAGAAGACCUACAUUUGCCCUGUCCUAAUGUAUUCAUACCUACUGAUUUGUCAAUUAAGAACGUGAAAGAAAAGGUGAACAUUCCAUUUUUAUUGAGGAAAUCACAAUAA